AUGAAGGCGUUCGUAGUGUUGUCUAUGGCUUUGGCCGUUGCCUCCUGUGCGGCAGUUGACGAUUCCUCGAAGAAAGAGAAGCGAGGCCUGUGGGAGCUGGGAAACGAACACGAGGGCUAUGACUUCGAUGAUCAUCACCACGACAGUCACCACGAAGUGAAACAUGUAUCUACGACCAUCACCAAGAAGGUCCCGGUCCCGUACCCGGUGGAAGUUGAGAAACACGUUCCAGUUCCGGUGAAGGUCCCUUAUCCAGUUCAUGUCGAAAAGAAGGUUCCGGUCUAUGUUGAAAAGAAGGUUCCAGUUUACGUCGAAAAGAAGGUCCCCGUUCACGUUGACCGUCCAGUUCCCUACCCAGUCGAAGUCAAGGUCCCAGUCGUCCACAAGGAAUACGUCGAAGUGCCGAAACCGUACGCAGUUCAUGUUGAGAAGCCCGUCCCAGUGUACGUGAAGAAGCCGGUGUACAUUGAGAAGCACGUUCCAGUGACCGUGCACAUCAAGGAGCACAAGAAGCACUGGGGACUGUUCUAA